AUGAAGAAGUACCGACAACUUGCUUUGAUUCUGAUAACGACUUUCAGUGUAGGUACACUGUUGAUGUACAGGCAUGAGUACUUGAAGCUUAGAUAUGUCCUAGAAGUCCUCAAUUUUUUCGGAUCACCUCAAGAAACUUUUAACAGCAACUGCGCUGUUUUGAAUGAAACAUUUUUGGAUCAAAAACAAAGGCACUACAGAUUCUCCAACCCUCCUCCAGCAUGGACGAAAGUUGACCAGCAUUAUAUCUACUCAGCAUUUUUCAAAGGUUAUAAAGAUAAAGAUCUCAUUGAAGCGAUAGCAGUUGGGCCGCAUUCUAAUUUUUACAAUUUUAAUUGCCGCGUAUGGUUUUCUAAUAAUGGGGUCAUCAACUCAAUCAGAGGAAAAUUUCACUUCACAACUGUCUAUCACUCCAAAUCCAAAGAAACUAACAUCAUGAGUCUCUAUAUGUACAUGUUAUUUUGUGAACCAGAAGAAAAUCAUGACACAGUAUAUGGAGCCCAUGAACCUUACGGUGUUAUUUUCACAAAUGGCUCAAGUGUCAACUCGCGUGUCUUCAUACCAGUCCACCAUCAAGUUUCAGAAGUCAGCACAAAUUGGCAGUCAGUGAUGUGCGUGAGACCAGACAAAUCGGGUCUUCAGAACUCUGCACUUGUUGAGUUUAUAAGCUUUCAUCGCAGUAUCGGAGUCUCUGAUUUCAUUGUCUAUGAUAGCGGUGUGCAGCAUGGGAUCCUACCUAUUUUACAAUCAUUGGCUGGACGUGAUGGGUUUAGUGACAGCAUUUCAGUCAUGACAUGGAAUUUCCCAUUCUCCGAUGCUUUUAUUGAAGACAUGGUCAUACAACACGAUUGCUUGCUCAGGGCAGCAGAUAAAGUUCCGCUAAUUAUGGUGUCCUCAUGGCAAGACUACCUUAUCCCUAAAGUGAAUAAUUCAUUAAAGCAUACACUGGCUCCCUACAUAGCUCAGCAAUCACCCGUUAGUCUAAAGCUCAGCAAUUUUGUAUGUUGUACAAAUUACCCUGACAAUAAGCAAUCCCAGUUAUCCUGGCCAAUGGCCUUACGGAAAACUCAGUGCCUAGACCCUAACACCCUCAUGAACUCGAUUUAUAUUCAUUUUGACAAGUAUGAAAAUUUAAAUUUAGGUUUAAAGAAAAAAUUAAGAUCUGAAGCACUACCUUUGACUGCUGGUGUGUUGCAUCAAUAUAUUGACUGUGAUAACUAUCUAUCCAAACUAAAACUAGUCACCGAUAAACCAAUUUUAGCGAAGUUUCUCGGCAACUUCAUGACUGAUAAGUUAUUAAUAUUAUGGAAGUCUGGCUCUUUAACCAAAUUAAGGCAUUCCAAUAUUGUUGGCUUGAAUUUGCAAGAUUUUCUCUCUUAA